AUGAAGAUUGGUACUUUGAGAUUGAUACAAAUACUCCAAGAGAAGAUAAACUUUUAUGCAGUUUUAGUUCAUGAAAUUGGUCAUACAUUAGGAAUUCCUCAUUCAGCAGAAAAUACCUCAAUCAUGUAUCCAUUAUAUAACAGUUCCAAUAUUGAAUUAAGUAAAGAUGAUAUUCUUGUAGUACAAAGCUUAUAUGGGAAACCAGUUGUAGGAGAUGAUAAUGAUGAGGAAGAUGAGGAGACUGAUGAUGAAGAAAAAGAUUUAGAUCCUCCAGAAUUAUGUAAGCUGAAUAAUAAAAUUAAAAACUUUCUGAUUGUCGAUCAGGUCCUAUAUAUUUACUAUGAGAAAUGGGUUUGGAUAAUGGAUUUGGAUAAUUUAGAUGUUCGCACUAAACCACAACUUAUAAGUGAUUGGUUAACAUUUCUUCCAAAAGGAUUUAACAAUAUAACUGCUGCAUAUCAAAGACCAUCUGGAGAUGUUAUUUUAUUCAUUGACAACAAACUGUGUAUAAUGGAAAUACUCUCUUUUAGGUUAAAAUUUGGUUAUCCAACAUCUUUAACAUCUCUUUCAUUACGAAAAAAUGUAAUUCUACAUUCAGCUGUGAACACAUAUUCUGGUAAAAGCUUUAUAUUUUUUGAUGAUGUUUAUUAUGUAGAAAUUGAUGAAUGUAAGGGAAUAAGUAAAAAAUAUGGACGUAUUACAAAAGAAUUUUCAGAAAUACCUCCAGGUAUAGAAUCUAGUUUCAGAUAUACAAAUGGAUUAUUAUACUUUAUUAAAGAUAAAACAUUCUAUGAGUAUAGUGAAUUUACAAAUUCUGUUGUUAGAGCAGGUAAAUUUGAUCUUUCAUUAUUUGGAAUAGAUUGUUCAAAAUCUACUUCCAAGAUGUUGGAUAUCAUAAGCAAUUUGAAAGAAUCACUUAAUCAAUUAGAGAAUUUCAACUAA